ACUGUGCCAAAAUGAAUCACAGAGGGAUGGAGGGAUAGUGUGCGGAGGCAUGAUUUGUGGAUACAGUGCAUCCAACCCACAACAGAUGGAAGAGAUCCAGACAUUGGCUCUUGACGGAGACAGUAAGUGUUCAAUGUUCUGAAUUUAGCUCGUAUUAUGGAGCGAGCGAUGGAGCAUCUGAACGUGCAGCUGAAUCGACUGACGCGCUCGCUGCGGCGCGCGAGGACCGUGGAACUCCCCGAAGAUAGUGAAACAGCUGUGUACACUCUCAUGCCCAUGGUCAUGGCUGACCAGCACAGGUCUGUUUCAGAAUUGCUUUUAAACUCCAAGUUUGAUGUCAACUAUGCAUUUGGGCGGGUUAAAAGAAGCCUUUUACACAUUGCUGCCAAUUGUGGGUCAGUAGAGUGUCUGGUCCUGCUGUUAAAGCGUGGAGCCAAUCCAAACUAUCAGGACAUCUCUGGCUGUACACCUCUGCAUCUUGCUGCAAGAAAUGGACAGAAGAAGUGUAUGGGCAGACUAUUAGAGUUCAAUGCUGAUGUCAAUAUCUGUAAUAAUGAAGGCCUAACCGCUAUUCACUGGUUGGCAGUAAAUGGCAGGACAGAACUGCUUCAUGAUCUGGUGCAGUAUGUGUCCAAUGUGGAUGUGGAGGAUGCCAUGGGCCAGACAGCCUUACAUGUAGCCUGCCAGAACGGACACAAGACUACGGUGCAAUGUCUUUUGGACAGUGGAGCAGACAUCAACAGACCCAAUGUCUCUGGAGCGACUCCACUCUAUUUCGCCUGCAGUCAUGGUCAGAGAGACACAGCUCAGAUACUGCUUCUCAGAGGAGCCAAAUAUCUGCCGGACAAGAAUGGUGUUACACCACUUGACUUGUGUGUGCAGGGUGGUUAUGGCGAAACGUGUGAAAUUCUCAUCCAGCACCACAGCAGACUCUUUCAGACACUGAUACAGAUGACCCAGAAUGAGGAUAUGAAAGAGAACAUGCUAAGGCAAGUUCUAGAACAUGUGUCGCAACAAAGUGACUCCAACUACCAGAGGAUCCUGACCAGCCUCGCUGAGGUGGCCACCACGAAUGGACAUAAACUGCUCAGUUUGUCCAGUAACUUUGAAGUCCAAACAAAGAGUUUCCUUCGGAUUAUCCGGAUAUUCUGUCAUGUGUUCUGUCUCGGACCGUCCUCCCCCAACAACGGGAAUGACAUGGGCUACAACGGCAACAAGACACCUCGAAACCAGGUGUUCAAGCCUCUGGAGCUGUUAUGGCACUCUCUGGAAGAGUGGCUGGUUCUCAUCUCAACUGAGCUGGACAAGGAAUGCAAAGACGUCAACGCGUCGUCCUCAGGAAAUGACAUCGCCUCGCUUCUUCUUAAAAAGCAGGAAGCUGAUAACUCUGUUUCAAGUGAAACCCCCGCACUAUUGCUGGACGCCAAAGGUGUGAUGAAAACGCCAGAGGGAUAUGCUCAUGGCCAGGAUGUCGUGUCUAUGAUAGCCAAUCGCCUGAGUGCUGUGAUUCAGGCCUUCUACAUGUGCUGUUCCUGUCAGAUGCCACACGGCAUGACCUCCCCUCGAUUCAUUGAGUUUCUCUGUAAACAUGAUGAAGUGCUCAAGUGUUUCGUCACAAGGAAUCCUAAAAUCAUCUUCAACCACUUUCACUUUCUGCUGGAGUGUCCUGAGCUCAUGUCUCGCUUCAUGCACAUAAUCAAGGGACAGCCGUUUAAAGACAGAUGCGAGUGGUUUUACGAACAUCUUCUGGCCGGACAGCCGGACUCUGAUAUGGUGCACCGGCCAGUUAAUGAAAAUGACAUUCUUCUGGUUCACAGAGACUCACUGUUUCGCAGCAGCUGUGAGGUUGUGUCCAAGUCAUCCAACGAGAAACUGAAACAAGGCAUCGCUGUGCGGUUUCACGGCGAAGAGGGAAUGGGUCAGGGGGUUGUCAGAGAGUGGUUUGACAUUCUGUCUAAUGAGAUCAUCAACCCGGACUACGCACUCUUUACACAAUCUGCGGAUGGUACCACCUUUCAACCCAACAGUAAUUCCUCAGUCAACCCAGAUCAUCUGAACUAUUUCCGAUUUGCUGGUCAAAUCCUGGGUCUUGCCCUCUACCAUCGCCAACUGGUGAACAUCUACUUCACCCGCUCCUUUUACAAACACAUACUGGGCAUCCCAGUGAGCUACCAGGACGUGUCCUCCAUUGACCCAGAGUAUGCUAAAAACCUCCAGUGGAUCCUGGACAAUGACAUCAGCGAUCUUGGACUUGAGCUCAGUUUUUCUGUGGAGACGGACGUGUUUGGAACCAUGGAGGAAGUCCCUCUCAAACCAGGAGGCACCACUAUUCAGGUUACCCAAGACAACAAAGCAGAGUAUGUGCAGCUGGUGACCGAGCUGAGGAUGACCCGAGCCAUUCAGCCGCAGAUCAAUGCUUUCCUGCAGGGUUUUCACACUUUCAUCCUUCCCUCGCUCAUACAGCUCUUUGAUGAAUAUGAGCUGGAGCUGCUGUUGUCGGGUAUGCCUGAAAUUGAUGUAAUGGACUGGAAGAGGAACACAGACUACACUAGUGGAUAUGACAUGCAGGAGCCAGUUAUACAGUGGUUCUGGGAAGUGGUUGAAAAUCUUACACAAGAAGAAAGAGUCCUUCUAUUACAGUUUGUUACAGGAAGUUCAAGAGUUCCUCAUGGAGGAUUUGCUUUUCUAAUGGGUGGCAGUGGUCUACAGAAGUUUACUAUUGCUGCUGUGCCAUACACAUCCAACCUAUUGCCUACCUCCAGUACAUGCAUCAACAUGCUGAAACUUCCAGAAUAUCCCUGCAAGGACGUCCUGCGUGAUCGCCUGCUGGUCGCACUGCAUUGUGGGAGUUACGGCUACACUAUGGCAUGACGCUGGCAUGUGUGUUUGCAGGGCGUCUGCUCAAAGGACACACAACGCACACAUUAGACAGUUCAGGGAUUCUUCAGCACUCCUCAUUUAAUAGACUUUCAUCACGUUUAGAUUUUUCCUAUGGGACCGAAACACGUCAGUUAAUAAACUUGAUAAAUAAUAAUACUUCAAGCACUGUAUCUGUUGUGUAUGGGUGACUUUAAUACAUUUCAUUUCAACCAUCAAAAGAAAACAUAUUUCACAUACAGGAAAUGAACCCAACUUUAGGACCAUUAAGGAAUUAUUUUGAUGGAAAAACAGACAUUUGUCUUUAAUGUAGUACAAAAUGCUAUUUCAAUACUUAGAAUUAGGGAUGAAAAUGUGAUAAACUGUCAUAUUUUCCUUUCUUUUGAUAUUGCUUUGAAAUAUAACCGAGACAUGUUUACACACAUUUUGUGAGAUUCACUCAUAUAGCUUUAGCCAAUGACUGAAACCGAAUGGUCUGUGUUAUAUGCAAUAGUUAUUUUACAGGUCAUUUUACGUGAAUUCCAGGCUGUAUUAUUUGUUAUUUGAUGCUCACACCGUGGUUGAAUUGCGUGUGUGUGUGUGUGUGUGCGUGCGGAUGCAUGCAAGACAGUGACAUAUUUAUAGCUUUCAUCACAGCUGAUAAAAAGCCAACAUAUUCUUGAAUAUCAGCGUGUUCCUGAGAAUAGCAGUUUAUUUCAUGAAGCAUUGUAUUGGUCUGAUGUGUGACAUUUAAUUAGUGGUAUAAUAGGUUCUGUUGUAUUUCCAUCGUCAUAUAUUUUUGUGUUUAGUUAUACACUGAAUGGGGUUGUCGCAUAGUCUGUGAAUGCUUAGUUUUAUAUAGUGUAUGAUUUGUUUCAUGUGCAGUAAUGUUAUUUUUUAAAUGUAUCAAAUCAUGUUUUGGUUGUGCCAAAUAUUUUGAGAAAGACAUCAUAUAGUUUCCUCUUUAAUGUGAAUGAUCUUUCUACAGUAUGCUGGCAACAUUAUUUUGAAAAAGGGAAAUCUUAUCAUUUAGGAAUGUACUAUAUCAUCUUUAGCACUGUUGUAGGUGAUUUCUGUGAUACUAUGAAACUGUACAUAUAUAUAAAUCUAUUUAUUCUGAUUGAUCAUGAUUUGAAAUUCUCAUUUGUUUUGUAACAAGUGUGUAAACUAUAAUCUUUUGGUUAUUUUCCGGGGGGCAUCGCAAAGAUUAAAGUCUGCAUUUUAUUAU